AUGACGAAUGCCGGAGGGUCUGCUCUAGGCUCUCUGCACAGUGCCGUUUAUUUUGACGAAAAUGAUUUCGACGAUGAUGACGACCUGGAUUUCGAAGCUCCGGACCCAAUUAUUCCCCCACCGACAAUCGUGAGACCAGCUUCUCAAGAGAAGCCCUCGACCGACUACCCCAAGCUAGACCGAACACCAGAGCCCUCAAGCGUCACCCAGUCGCCGCGAGAGCCCGCGGUCCGAACGAACACGCCGUCGGACGUGAAGUACCCGGAGUUGCCUCCCGUUUCAGAGGAGAAUGUUGCGCCAUCCAGUAGCAUACAGUACCCCUGGUCUUCUUCGCCCCCCUCCCAUUUUCAAAAACCUGGCAACGCUCGAACCCUGCCAUGGCUCAAGAACGAAGAACCUGCACAGCCGCCGUCUCCAGUCGAGGAGUACAACUGGAAAAUCAAACCGAAGGAUCCUCAUCUCUCCAAGCAGAACGCAUUGUGGAAUAAUUCCGAGAGCAUGAUAAAGGAAGAACAAAAGAAACAGAGGAAAAUGCGACAGCAGCUCAAAAAGAACCAAAAAACUGCUUCUCAUCCAGCACGUCCAAAAAUCGCAUCCUUGUUUCUUAGUGAUGAACAGCGACAUGUCCUAGAUGCAGUUGUCCAGCAUGGAAAGAGCAUUUUCUUCACCGGUUCUGCUGGAACGGGUAAAUCCGUGCUUAUGAGAGAGAUCAUCAAGAAAUUGCGAGACAAAUACCGAAAGGAGCCCGACAGGGUAGCCGUGACCGCUUCCACGGGCCUCGCUGCGUGUAACAUCGGAGGUGUCACCCUACACAGCUUCGCUGGUAUCGGGUUAGGCAAGGAUAAAGUCCCUGAACUCGUCAAAAAGGUUAAGAGGAACCCCAAAGCCAGGAAUCGUUGGUUACGCACCAAAGUAUUGAUCAUCGAUGAGGUAUCUAUGGUUGAUGGUGACCUUUUCGAUAAACUGGAAGAAGUGGCCCGUCUGAUUCGAAACAAUGGGCGUCCUUUUGGAGGCAUCCAGCUGGUGGUCACAGGCGAUUUCUUUCAACUGCCCCCGGUGCCGGAGGGGGGCAGUCGAGAAGCCAAAUUUGCGUUUGCGGCUGCUACUUGGAAUACAUCUAUCCACCACACCAUCCUCUUGACGAAUGUUUUCCGACAGGCAGAUCCUGAAUUUGCGGGCAUGCUUAACGAAAUGAGGCUUGGGAAGCUCAGUCAGCGUACCAUUGACGUGUUCAAGCAAUUGUCUCGACCGUUGAACUUCCACGACUCUCUUGAAGCCACAGAAUUGUUUCCAACUCGCAAUGAAGUCGAGCAUGCAAAUGGUGCACGGAUGCAAAGACUCUCUGGUGAACUGAUGACCUUCAAUGCUGUGGAUUCUGGCACUAUCCAGGACGAGAAAUUCCGUGAAAAACUAUUGUCCAACUGCAUGGCUCCUCAGGUCAUUCAGCUCAAGAAAGGCGCACAGGUCAUGCUCAUUAAAAACAUGGAAGAUACGCUUGUCAAUGGGUCCAUCGGAAGAGUGGUUGCUUUCAUGGAUGAGACGACUUUUGAAGUCUACAGGGAACAUGAGAACGAUUUCUCCAGCAGUGGCGAUUUCAACGAUUUUGAUGAGGAUAGUGCGGUGCGAGCACGCAAAAAGCUCAAGUCCGCUAUUAACAAAGAUGGUGGAGUCGUCGCGAGCAGAAAAUGGCCCUUGGUAUGUUUCGUACAGCCCGACGGGUCCGAGAGACACCUGCUUUGCCAGCCUGAGACGUGGAAAAUCGAGUUGCCGAACGGCGAAGUGCAGGCUCAGCGUCAACAGAUACCACUGAUUCUUGCCUGGGCCUUGUCGAUCCAUAAAGCUCAGGGUCAAACCCUGCAGCGGGUGAAAGUUGAUCUCGGACGGGUCUUCGAAAAGGGACAAGCCUAUGUCGCUUUGAGUCGUGCAACCUCGAAAGAUGGCCUUCAAGUCACCCGAUUUGAUCCUCGUAAGGUCAUGGUACAUCCUAAGGUUACGGAGUUCUACUCCAACCUGGUCAGCAUUACAGAGGUUGUCAAGCCCAAAGGCUCCAAUACUUCUAGGCGAACCCGGCAAGAGGAUUUCCCGGACGACUUCGAAGAAGACUAUGAAGAGCUUAUGGCUGCAUAA